AUGUCAGGUUUACCUCAAUUCACUGUUGGUGAUUACGCUUCAUUCGCCCUUGCCGGUGCCAUUGGAUGUGGUGCCACCCACGGAGCUAUGACUCCUAUUGAUGUCGUCAAGACCAGAAUCCAAUUAGAACCAACUGUUUACAACAGGGGUUUAAUCGGUUCAGUUAGACAAAUCACUGCCUCCGAAGGUGCUGGUGCUCUUUUGACCGGUUUAGGACCAACCGUCUUGGGUUACUCUAUGCAAGGUGCCUUCAAGUUUGGUGGUUACGAAUUAUUCAAGAAGACUUUCAUUGAAUACUUAGGUUUAGAUACCGCUAGGCAAUACAAGAACUCCAUUUACAUUGGUUCUUCUGCUUUAGCUGAAUUCUUUGCUGAUAUCGCUUUAUGUCCUUUGGAAGCUACCAGAAUUAGAUUGGUUUCCCAACCAACCUUUGCUAACGGUUUAAUCGGUGGUUUCUCUAGAAUCUUGAAGGAAGAAGGUGUCGGUUCAUUCUACAACGGUUUCAUCCCAAUUUUGUUCAAGCAAAUUCCUUACAACAUUGCUAAGUUCCUUGUUUUCGAAAGAGCUGCUGAAGCCAUCUACGGUGCCAUCCCAACCCCAAAGAACGAAUUAUCUGACGCUACUAACACUGCUGUCAACUUGGGUGCCGGUGUUAUCGCUGGUUGUUCUGCUGCUUUCGUUUCCCAACCAGCUGAUACCUUGUUAUCUAAGGCCAACAAGACCAAGAAGCUUCCAGGUCAAUCUACUGUUGGUUUAUUAGCUCAAUUAGCUGGUCAAUUAGGUGUCAGAGGUUCUUUCGCUGGUUUACCAACCAGAUUGAUUAUGGUCGGUACCUUAACCUCCUUACAAUUCACCAUCUACGGUUCUUUAAAGAAGACCUUAAACUGUCCUCCAGCUGUUGCAUUAUAG